UGAUCUGACUAGACCCAACACAAGAUUACACACAUCUCUCUUUGAUGAUCGUCUCCUACAUCUGAUCCGAAGCGAAGACCGAACUCUCACCGGUGAUUUCAAUGGGGUUCAAGUUCAUCCUGAACGCACUGUGUCGUUCCACGACGACGUGCGGCUCUUCCUUCGCAUGGUGUUCAUCUUGCCAGCCGCCGCCGCUCGGCUACCGCCGCACGCCUCGCGGCGUGUCCGCCAUGCUCGCCGCCAUGAUGCUCGGUGGACUGGCCUUGGGACUACUCGCCCCGACCAUGCUCGCGUUCGUCAAGUCAACAGCGUCCAAAAUAUUCCGCAAACCCGCCACGACAGCCAAGAGGGAGGAGACGAGCGACCCGGAAGCAGCCGAGACGAGCGGCGGCGACGCGCCGUCACCGGCCGGCGAGGAGUACGAGGUGUUCCUGAGCUUCAGGGGGCCCGACACUCGCACCGGGUUCACCGAUUGCCUCUACCACGACAUGCUCGGCGCCGGAAUCCGCGUCUACCGAGACGAUGAGGAGCUUCGCGUCGGCAGGGAGAUCGGCGGCGAGCUCAUGCGGGCGCUCGACGUGUCCAAGAUCUACGUGCCCAUCUUCUCCAAGGACUACGCGUCGAGCUCGUGGUGCCUCCGCGAGGUCGCCCACAUGGUGGACUGCGCGGGGAGGUCGAAGGGGAAUAAGGAGAUCUUGCCGGUGUUCUUCGAUGCGUCGCCUGCGGAUGUGAAGCUCAGGACUGGGUUGUACAGGAAUGCCAUGGCCAAGCACAGGAAGAAGUUUGGGGCUGUGGAAGUGAAGAGGUGGGAGGAUGCUCUUGUGGAAGUUGCUGAAUUGAAGGGAUGGGACCUCAAAACUAGAGGGCAUGGGGAAGCUAUUAAGUCGAUCAUCCGAGAGGUUUUGUUUAAGUUGAAGAUAAAACAUAAGUAUGUGAUGAAUCAGUUGGUUGGAGUGGAUGAUCAUGUAGAAGACAUAAUGAAGCUGUUGGAUGUUGACUGUGAAGGUGUUCGUUUUGUUGGUAUUCACGGGAUGGGCGGUGUUGGCAAAACAACUCUUGCAAAGGUUGUCUUCAACCAGCUCUGUUCGUACUUCGAUGAUUGCUGCUUUCUUGGAGAUGUUCGAGAAUCAUCAGAAAAAGGGGGCCUAGUAAAUUUGCAGAAACAGUUAUAUUCUGACAUUCUUGACUCUAGAUUCGUGGACAACAUUCAUGACAUUGAUGAUGGGAUUAACCAGAUCGGGACGAGAUUUCGCAGCAAAAAGGUCCUCAUCGUUUUGGAUGAUGUGGAUAGAGAAGAACAACUAGAGAAGCUAGCAGGGGCACGAGAUUGGUUUGGUUCAGGAAGUAGGAUAAUCAUUACAACCAGGAAUGAAAUUACUUUAAAAGUCCUGGAUGAGGUUUUGAUAUAUGAAUUAAAGGAACUGAAUUUUGAUCAAGCUCUCAAGCUUUUCUGUAUACAUGCUUUUAGAAAAGACGCUCCACCGUAUCAAUAUGAUACUCCUGCAUCAGAAAUUGUUGUCACAACUGGAGGGCUUCCUUUGGCUCUUGAGGUCAUAGGCUCGUUUCUCUAUCGCCAACCGGAAGAGAUCUGGAAAGAGACUGUGGAGAGGUUAGCAAGAAUACCUCAUAAGGAUGUUCGACAGCAGUUGAUGAUCAGUUAUGAAGCAUUAGAAGAUGAGGAAAAGCAUAUUUUUCUUGACAUUGCAUGUUUUUUCAUCAACGACACAAAAAAGACAAAUGCAAUUUACAUGUGGGAAGCUUGCAAUUUUUUUCCUGAGACUGGGAUUCAGGUUCUUAUGCAAAUGUCUUUGGUAAAGAUUGUCAAUGGUGAUACAAUAUGGAUGCACGAUCAGCUCAAAGAUCUUGGGAGACAAAUUGUUCAGAGGGAAUGCUUGCAUGAUCCUGGAGAGCGUAGCAGGGUGUGGGUUUGCGAGGAAGCCGUCGACAUUGUAAGAACAAAACAGAGAAAGAAAAAAGUUCAGGCACUCAUAUUAUCUGGAAGUCAAUUUCAACCACUUGUAAUUACACAUGACGAACUUAGUAGGUUACCCAACUUAAGGUUCCUUGAAUUAGAGGAUGGAACCUUUGUCGGAGACUUUGGGGAUAAUUUUUCGAAGUUAAGAUGGAUUUCUUGGCAUUCUCCUAGGCCACUUGAUCUUGAGGUAACCAAUCUAUCUAUAAAGAAUUUGGUUGUCUUUGAGAUCUUUUCAGGCAGCAUCACAGAUGACUGGAGUGGAUGGAGCCUAAUCAAGAUGGCAAAAAAUUUGAAAGUUCUUAACCUCAGAGGUUGCCAAGGCAUAACUAGGACACCGGACUUCUCUGGAUGCUCGAGUCUAGAGAGGGUGAGUUUCUAUAAUUGCAUAAACUUGGUUGAAAUUGACCGCUCCAUUGGGAAGCUAAAGCACCUGAUUCACUUAAAUCUUAAAGAGUGCAUCUCUCUUAAGGAUUUGCCUGAAGAAAUCGGAAGGCUUAUAAAUCUGAAGCACUUCGCUUCCAGUGGAUGUUUUCAGAAACUCCCAGAUUCAUUUGGGAAAUUGACAUCACUAAAGGAGUUGGAUCUGUCAAACAUACAAAUUGACUGCCUUCCUGAGUCAAUUGGUGAUAAGAAGUUUCUAGCUGUCCUUAAUCUAAGGUACACACAAAUUAGGAAACUUCCAGAGACUAUUGGGAAGCUUGUGAAACUCGAGUCUCUUUCUCUCUUUGGGUGCUUAAAGUUGGAAAAGCUCCCGGACUCAAUUGGGAAGCUAGAGUCUUUGCAGGAGUUGAAUCUAUCCAGUACUAAAAUUGUUGAGUUACCAGAUUCGAUUGGAAAUCUGAAGAAAUUGAAAGUGAUAUCGAUGGAAAAUACUCCAAUAAGGAAAUUGCCCAGUACUAUUGGAAUGUUAAAGAAUCUGGAAGAGCUACAUGCUAGUGAUUGUGAAGAAUUAAGUGGUGAAAUUCCGAGAGAAAUUGGCGCAUUGUCCUAUUUGAAAGUCCUUGAGCUAUCAGAUGCCCAUAUUUCUGGAGUGCCAACCACAAUCAAUUAUGUUCCCCACCUUGAAAGACUGGACUUGACAGGUUGUAAUGAGGUUCAAGAAUUGCCAGAGCUUCCAAAAAGUCUGAUCUAUCUCCAUUUUCGAUCAUCAGCAUUGCGUAUAGUUCCAGAUCUCUCAAACUUGACUAAUCUGGUCGAUUUGCUCUUAUCUGAUGGCUCUGAAGAUGUGGUUCAAGCUUCAUCGGAACUGUUGCCGAGUUCUAGCUUAGGGUGGAUUAGGGGGUUAUCCAAACUGAAGAAGUUGGAAUUGUCCCUUUCUAAUAUCCCUGCACCACCGACUGAGUUUGGUUCUCUUCCUCGUCUAAAUGAGCUUAUUUUAUGUGGAUUAGACCUGCAAUCUAUCACACAGCUUCCACCUUCCUUAUCGGAGCUGCAACUUGUUCAUUUCAACUCAACAGUAUCUUGGUCAAUCUUUUCCAACUUGAAAAACUUGUCAAAGUUACGACUUUCUCAGUCGCAGCUUCAAGAAAUUGAACUCAGUGGACUCGAACAACUGAGAGCAUUGACAGUGAGUAAAUGUGAAUUCCUUGAGAGGUUUUUCAUCCCAGGAAGCUUAAAGAAGCUUAAAGAAUUGUGGGUAUUAGAAUGUCCACGGCUAGUUGAGAUUGAAGGUCUGGAGGCCCUAGAGUCCUUGGAAGAAAUGUAUGUACAGUAUUGUGAUUCCAUUGAAAGGUUAUACGGACUAUCAAACUCGAAGUUGCUGAAGCUUUUGGAUAUAUCAGACUGCCAUGAGCUUCGUGCUGUUGAGGGCCUCAGCGGGUUAGAAUCUUUGAAUGCAUUACUUGUUCUUGAGUGCAGUUCACUGGAGAAACUAAUUAUUCCAUCAAGCUUAGAGAAGCUAAAACAGUUGGAGGUGUCAGGAUGUCCGAAGCUGAUUGAGAUUCCUGGUCUUGGUGCAUUGGAAUCAUUGGAGACUUUAGUUAUUGAAAAGUGUCAAUCUAUUAGCCAACUAUGUGAUUUAUCAAACUUACAGAUGCUGAAGUCUUUGUCAAUCGAUGGAUGCCAUGAGCUACAAGCUAUUGAUGGUGUUGACGAGUUAGAAUCGUUGCGUGAGUUCAAUGUUUUUAAUUGUCGGAAACUGGAAGCUCUGAUGGAUGUAUCAAACACGAAGAUACCUGAUGAGUGCCUGAUAACAAUUCGAAAGUGUCGGAAGUUACACAGGCACGGUUAUCCUAAUGUUGAGGACCUUCCGUGCAGGGAUUACAAAGACAUGAUUAUUGUGAUGACAAACUCUCCUACGGAGUCACUCCCUUUAGAGACAUCAGAUGAGGGAGAGGUUGAAACGGAUGAUGAAGCGGAAGAAUUGGAGGUGGCUAGAGAUAGCUCUGAUGGUAAUAACUCACCUAUCAUCAUAACUUCUCAAGAGCUUGAUACUGAGCUUCGUUCAUCCACAAGCUAUCCGGACGAAGAGACUCCCGUUGUAAGCGAUGUUGAAACCCCAAUAUGACCACAAGCUUUAACGAUCGCACCAGGGAGCUCCACCUUUAGUUUCUUUCUACUCGGGGAAAGGAAGGAAUAAAGGCAUCUUGUAUCCCUAGACUUUUCCAAAUUAUUUACUUAGGUCUUUGAAUAUUUUUUUGUGCAAUUGUAUCCUUUAAGUUUAAGGUUUUUUAUUCGAGUUGAUCCAUUUGUUAAAAUAGAAACAGAAAUGUUGGCCUGGACUGAUGACUCAUUGACUCCACAUCAAUGUUGACUAAACAAGUUGGUGGU